CACUCACACUCACACUCACACUCACACUCACACUCACACUCACAGUGUGUGUGUGUCUUCAUUAUAUUCUCCAAACUUCGUGAAGAACCCAAACCUUAACUGAAUCAAUCCAAGACUUGACCAUUCAACAACCCAAUCGUUUUCUUCCAUUCCUUCCUUCCACCGCACACUCGCUUCCCCUUCCGAUUCUCUCAUCAACAACCUGUGGAUUGAGAAUAUGGAUCUAGGAGGGAGUGAGAAGGAAUCAGUGGUUACACAAGUGAGCAUUGGAGGUUUUGAUAGUGAAGUGAAAGCACAUGAUCUUGCUGAGUUUCUGGAAAAUAGAAUUGGACUUGUUUACAGAUGCAGGCUGAAAACAUCUUGGACACCGCCGGAGUCCUAUCCGGAAUUUAAUGUCGCGGAUACUGCAUUGGUUAAGAGGACAGAUGACUACAAGAAGGUGGAGCCUCAUGCCUUUGUGCAUUUUGCGUUGCCGGAAUCUGCGACUGAGGCGCUUGAUGCUUCGGGUAGUUGUGAUCUAAUGUGGGAGGGCAAACCGUUGAAGGUUAUCAGCGGGCCUCAGAAUCCGUACUUUUUGAACCAGAGGAGGAGAAAGGAGACCCCUUUUAAGCUGUCUGAUGUGCUUGUUGAAAUUGGGACUUUGGUUAGUCCGGAAGAGUUUGUUGUUGCUUGGAGAGGGCCUGAAAAAGGGGUGAACUUGCUUGUGGAUCCUUUUGAUAGGAUGUGCAGGCUUCGUUUCAGUAGGGAUACUGCAUUCUCGAUCAAACAAAAUGAAAAAAAAGCAGUGAUAAAGUGUGAUUUUAAGGUGGAGUUCAUGGUUAGAGACAUAUAUGAGGUCAGGAGAUAUGAUGAUACAUCGUAUCGUGUUGUUUUAUUGCAUCUAGCUUCCUCGCCUUUGGUUUGGUAUAGAACUGCUGAUGAUGACAUUGAGGAAUCGGUCUCAUUUGAUUUGCUGGAUGAUGAUGAUCCUUGGAUUAGGACCACUGAUUUUACUCCUAGUGGUGCCAUUGGUCGAUGCAAUUUUUACAGAAUCUCAAUCCCACCUCGCCAUGGUGCUAAAUUGAUGAAGGCCAUGGCUUAUCUGAACUUUCAAAGAGUGCAGGAGUUUCCACUUAAACGUCCACUUAGGAUACAGGAUGAACCUAAUUUUGGGGUGCCCAUGUCAGAUGAUUUCUUCUAUAUACAUUGUCAGGAGGGGAUUACUUUUGACAUAAUGUUCUUGGUUAAUGCAGUCAUACACAAAGGCAUACUAAAUCCUUACAGUUUAUCAGAUAGGUUUUUUGAAGUACUGAGAAAUCAACCUCAGGAGGUCAAUGUGGCUGCUUUGAAGCACUUAUGUUCUUACAAGCGUCCAGUGUUUGAUGCAGCUAAGAGGCUGAAGACAGUCCAAGAAUGGCUGCUCAGAAAUCCGAAGCUUUAUCAGAGCUCCAAACAGGCAGAUGAUAUUGUUGAGGUUAGAAGACUGGUUAUUACUCCAACGAGAGCCUAUUGUGUACCACCAGAACAUGAAUUGUCCAACAGGGUUCUUAGAAGAUACAGAGAAGUUUCAAAUCGUUUCUUGAGGGUCACCUUUAUGGAUGAAGGCAUGCAGACAAUUAAUGUGAAUGCUCUUAACUAUUAUGUUGCUCCCAUAGUUAAGGAAAUCACAUCAAACUCCUUUCCUCAGAAGACAAGAAUAUAUAAAAGGGUGAAGACUAUCCUAGAAGAGGGAUUUCACUUUUGUGACCGUAAAUACGCAUUUUUAGCCUUUUCAUCCAAUCAACUCAGAGAUCGUUCUGCUUGGUUUUUUGCUGAAGACGACAAAAUAAAAUGUGACGGUAUAAGAGAUUGGAUGGGUAGGUUCAGUAACAGGAAUGUUGCAAAAUGUGCUGCUAGGAUGGGACAAUGCUUCUCAUCUACUUAUGCAACAGUGGAAGUUCCUGCAACUGAAGUUAACUCCAUGCUGCCUGAUAUUGAGAGGAAUAAAUAUGUUUUCUCUGAUGGUAUUGGUAUUAUCACUCCCGACCUUGCAGGUGAAGUUGCAGAAAAAUUAAAACUGGACAUUGCACCCUCUGCUUACCAGAUUAGAUAUGCUGGUUUUAAAGGGGUAGUAGCCUCUUGGCCUGCUAAAGGGGAUGGGAUCAGACUUUCUUUGAGGACUAGCAUGAACAAGUUUCAAUCUAGUCAUACUACUUUGGAGAUUUGUGCUUGGACACGGUUUCAGCCUGGUUUUCUUAAUAGGCAGAUUAUAACAUUGCUUUCAGCACUGGAGGUAUCUGAUGAAGUAUUCUGGAAAAUGCAAGAGGUAAUGAUUUCAAAGCUGAAUCAAAUGCUUGUCAAUGCAGAUGUGGCAUUUGAUGUUCUUACUAAGUCUUGUGCUGAGCAUGGAAAUGCUGCAGCAAUAAUGUUAAGUUGUGGCUUCAGUCCCCAAACUGAACCUCAUCUUAAAGGUAUGUUAACUUCUAUACGUGCUGCACAGCUUUGGGGCCUUAGAGAGAAGUCCAGGAUUUUUGUUUCAUCUGGGCGAUGGUUGAUGGGUGUCUUAGAUGAGUUGGGUGUGCUUGAACAAGGGCAGUGCUUUGUUCAAGUGUCUACUCCUUCUCUGGAAAAUUGUUUCUCUAAGCAUGGCUCUAGGUUUUCAGAGACAAAGAGCCUGCAGGUAGUUAAAGGUUAUGUUGUUAUAGCCAAAAAUCCAUGUCUUCACCCUGGAGAUGUAAGAAUUUUGGAGGCCAUUGAUUCCCCUGAUCUACAUCAUUUAUAUGAUUGUCUUGUUUUCCCUCAAAAGGGUGACAGACCCCAUACAAAUGAAGCUUCUGGAAGUGACCUUGACGGGGAUCUAUAUUUUGUCACAUGGGAUGAUAAUCUUAUUCCACCUAGUAAGAGGAGCUGGAUCCCUAUGGAGUACGAUGCUCAAGAAAGCAAACUUCAAACUCGGAAAGUCACUUCCCGGGACAUCAUAGAUUUUUUUGUCAGAAACAUGGUGAAUGAGAAUUUGGGUGCAAUCUGCAAUGCACAUGUGGUACAUGCUGAUUCCAGUGAUUAUGGCGCCUUGGAUGAGAAAUGCAUAAUCUUGGCUGAAAAGGCAGCCGCUGCUGUUGAUUUUCCAAAGACUGGGAAGCUUGUCAUUAUGCCUUCGGAGUUGAAACCAAAGCUCUACCCUGAUUUCAUGGGGAAAGAUCAACACAUGUCUUACAAGUCCAAGAAAAUCCUGGGUAGACUUUACAGGAGGAUUAAAGAUGCUUAUGACAAAGAUAUCGAUGCACCUGAAUUGAACUAUGUGACAGGUGCUAUACCUUAUGAUACAGAACUUGAGGUUCCUGGAUCUGCUGAUUUUAUUGCUGAUGCAUGGAAACAAAAGUGCUCCUAUGAUGGCCAGUUGAGCGGGCUAUUGGGUCAGUACAAGGUGAAAAGAGAAGAAGAAGUUGUCACCGGUCAGAUUUGGUCCAUGCCCAAAUACAACAGCAGAAAACAAGGGGAGCUUAAGGAGAGGCUGAAGCACUCAUAUAGUGCCCUGAAAAAAGAAUUUAGGCAAACUUUUGAGAAGUUGGAUUCAGAUGUUCGAGAAUUAGGCGAGGAAGAAAAAAAUUUGUUGUAUGAGAAGAAAGCUUCAGCCUGGUAUCAGGUGACAUAUCAUCCUACAUGGGUGAAAAAAUCCCUUGAGCUGCAAGAUAAAUCCCCAGAGAACCUAGAGUCAAAUAGUUUGGGGGAGACGGUGAUGUUGAGUUUUCCUUGGAUCGCAGUUGAUUACCUAGCCCGCACAAAGAUAAGGAAUCGGGGAUUUGGAAGAUUUGAUUCAACUAAGCCAGUUGGUUCUCUGGCAAAGUAUCUAUCAGAAAGGUUAUAAUUCUUCUCUGAUUCAUGUUGGUUGCAAAGCCACUCUGCCAUUCUCAAAUCUAACAGUGAACUUGUGCUUACUUUUCCUAUUAUAUGUAGGUUUUAAUUGGUGUUCAGUUAAACUGCUUUGCUGGAAACUAGUCUUAUUUUCACUUUCUGUUCACUAGCCAGGAAUUGUCUUUGCUUUAGACUUCAUAUAGUAAUAAGUUACAUUCUGUGCGUGUUCUAUGUUCUCUUCUACCAGGCCUGUUUUGCAUAUGGUUAUGUAGAUGACACAAGGUAUAAUUUUGUGGAA